CUCUUCGAAUUCUUCUGCACCCAGCACGGCAGCUGCAUCUGCUCCCUCUGCCUCCUGGGGCACAAGCUGUGUCACACCAGUCCCCUGCAGCAGGCCAAAGCCAACGCUGAGUCGGUGCUGAAGAAGAAGCUGGUGGAGCUGCAUAAUCAGAGUGAAAAAACUGCUCGGGCGAUGAACACUGCAAAAACAAAACAAAGCCAGGCUGCUGAGGCAGCUUCCAGAAAGAAAGAUCUGAUCAAAAGUGAGUUUUCAGAAAUAAAAACUUUAAUUGAAGAAAGAGAAAAUCAGGCCUUUAAAGUAAUUACAGAAGAAGAAAAAAGAGUUUGCAAUAAAUUUGAUUAUGUUUAUGGUGUUCUGGGAAGUAAGAAGAAUGAAAUUCAGUCUCUCAGAGAUCAGAUUGAGAUGGCACUAACUGAAGUUGAUGACGUUCUGUUUUUGAAGAGAGCAGCAGCACUGCAACGAAUGUCAAUGAAAGACGCUUUUGUUCCUGUAAUUGAAAUGGACCAAAAUGUGAUACAUUCCGCUUACCAGUCUGCCAUUAACCUUAAAGACAUCGUGAAACUUUCAGUGACUCAGAAUGUGGAGAAAAAAGUGGAAGAGCGUACCCACAAAGAUAAAACCCUUCAGCAGGCUCAAGCCACUUCGCAGGCGGAGGAAGAUACCACACCAACCACAGAAACACCAAAUGCUGCGGCUGCUGCUUCAACUAAAGAGCUUCUGGAGAGCUUCCUGAAGAAAUCCAGAGAGGAGCUUUUGCAGUAUGCUGCUUACAUCACGCUGGAUUUCAACACGGCUCAUAACAAAGUGCUUUUGUCUGAGAGAUACACCAGGAUGUCUGUCUCGGACAUCCCCAUGGAUUACAACCACCACCCGCAGCGCUUCACCGACUGUUCCCAAGUGCUGGGGUUCCAGUGCUUCAAGAGAGGCGUCCACUACUGGGAAGUGGAGCUGCAACAAAACAGCUUCUGUGGCAUCGGCAUCUGCUACGGCAGCAUGAAGCGGCAGGGGCCAGAGAGCCGCCUGGGGAGGAACAGCAGUUCUUGGUGUAUUGAAUGGUUUAAUUCCAAAAUAUCAUCCUGGCACAAUGAUGUUGAGAAGUGCUUACCCAAUGUGAAGACUAGUAAGAUUGGUGUGCUGCUGCACUGUGAGGGAGGGUUUGUGAUUUUCAUGGCUGUUGGGGAGAAGCAUAACUUGAUCUAUAAAUUCAAAACCCAGUUUACUGAAGCCUUGUACCCUGCUUUCUGGUUGUUUUCCAGUGGCACCGUUCUCUCUCUCUGCCAGAUGAAACAGUAA